GCCUCUCCUCUCUCCAGGACAUUCCUGCUCAAAAGGUGCUGAAGAACUGAGCCCCCUGCCAGUGGAGGCCACUCGAGGCCAGGUGGGGCCAUGGCGGGGCAUGGCUGUCUGGGGCUGGGGCUGUUCUGCUGGGUCCUGCUUGCUAUUCCCGUGGGCCCCCAGCCUGCCUCCUCCAUCCCAGGUGUCCCUCUCACCACUUUGACCCCACCACCUCAGAGUGAGGCCUCUAUGCUGUCUCUCAACCUGGGACUUAACUUCAAAUUCCACCUCCGGGGACCUGCUACUGCCUGGGGGAGCCCAGUCACAGAGACGCAGCGGCUGUCUCCUGGGUUGAGCCGGGAACCAGAGGAAGAGGUGGCCAGUGGGCUGAGGACUGACCCGCUUUGGGAACUGCUGGUGAGCUCCCUCGGGAACUCUCCCCCAGAGUGGGGCUCUGCUGAAGGCAGCUCCACUCCCUGGGCCUCCUCUCUGCCUCUGGAAUCCACAGCCCGCCUCUCUGGGCCCACCGACCGGCCUACUGCUCCCUAUCAGCCCAGGAUGGGCACUGUGACUUGGGACACUGCUCUGACGACUACAGCAUCUCCAUCCAGUGCUCCCAGACCCCACCAGAGUGAGCUGGAGCUGAAGUUUGACAUGGCGCUGAGAGCGGGUGCAGCCCCCACACUUGGGCAUCGAACACUGCCCCUGCUGCCCAGCCUGCGGGCCAGCCUGGCAGAGAUUGCUGGGCGCCUGGGACCCUUUGGGUUCUUCGGCACUACUCUGUCCCCACUCCGGAACUUCUCAGGCCCCAGCUCCCUGGGCCCAACUACAUCCCCAAGCUCUGCCUCUGGAGUUUCACAUUCUCCAGGGUUCUUUGGCACCUCUCUGUCCCCACCCCCAACCCUCCUGGAGAGAAAGCUCUCAAGUCCAAGCCCGCUGGACCCAGCUGCUUCUCUAAGCUCUGCUUUGAUUGCAACAGCAUCGUUAGACCCCAUCAUCCCCAAUUCUGGCCCUGAUGACCCCUCUUCUGCCAGCCUUGGGAACCCCUCGGUGCAGCCAGAGUGUGGGCCAGGGUCCUGCAGCAUUGGAGAACUGCCUGAACGGGAGGGGCAGCCUCCUGUGGCCCGGCUGCCCCUCUUCUUCCUGACCCUGGAGGCCGACUGGGCAGAGGCCAGGGCUCGCUGGGGGCUGGCCUGGGAGGCCCAUGUGUACGGGGUAGGCGCACUCUUCGGCCUGGUGGCCCUGCUAGCGCUGCUGGCUCUGGCCCUCUUGCCCUGGCGCUGCCCGCCCGGCACCCCCUGCCUGGCACUGCUGGACCUGCUCCUGUUCUCUGCCGGGACCACGCGGGCCUUCCCGCUCUUCUACGACGCCUAUGGGCACCGCGACCGGCUGCCCGCACUCGCCUGGCUACUGCUGCAGGACCUUCCGCUGCCCUGCUUGGCCGCCGGCCUGGGCCUGGCCUGCCUGCUGCUGGCCCGGCCGCGGCUGCACGCUUUCCUCGCCGCCCUCCUUUCCGGGCUCCUGCUGGCGCUCUCCUGCUGGGGGGGUCGGCGGCGGAGGGCCGGAGCGCCCCUGGGAGGGUCCAGCUUCAAGGGCGCCACCCCUCUCCCGCAGGCGCGCAGCCCCUUCGCCCCGCGGGAGUCCUGGCGGCGCGCGGCGCGCACGGCCCCGGUGGCAGGCACCUUUGGGCUGCUGAGCGGAGCCCUGCAAGGCUACGAGGUGCUGCACGCCCUGGGUUAUGGCGGCCAGCCGGGCCUGGAGGGUCCUUGGCCCUGGUGGGCCUUCCAGCUGGGCCUGCGCCUGGGCGAGGUGGGCGUCGCGCUCCCGUUGGCGCUGCUGGGCCUCUACCCGGCGCUCUGCAGCCCCCGCGUACCGCUGCGCUGCUGGGCCAAGCUCUUCCGCCUGUCCCCGGGCCACGCGGCCCCGCUGCUGCCUGGAGGCUGGGUCACCGGGCCCCCGGACAAGGAGCCCCUAGGUAGCGCCAUGGCGCGUGGCGACGCGGAGCUGCUGCAGCUGUGCGCCCUGGCAGGGCCAGGCCCCGACCUCCUACUCCAGGGAGGUGGCUGCCGGGGCUUCGAAGGCGCGGCCGCCAACCCGGCCCCUUCCCCGGCCUCCUCCCCCUGCAGCGAUUACACCGUGGACUUCCGCCCUCCAUCCCCAAUCAACCUGCGGCGCAGCAUCGAGGAGGCCCUCUGCAGCGAGGCUCUGCUUACUCCCGGCCUUUUCCAGGGCCCUGCCUUCGGGGAAGCCCUGCCUGGUCUCGGCCUCUACCGCACUACCUCGCUGGGGGCGCAGACAGGGCCCGGGCCCAGUAGGAGGUUUGAGGAGGCCCCUGGCUCCCCGGCUCCCCUGGAGCUGCCGUCUCCCGGGGCCUGGCCCGCGGGCAGCAGCGCCUCAUCCGGCUCGCUGUGUGGACUCUCGCGGGACAGCUCGUCCAUGCUGCUAUGCUCCAGCCCGGACAGGCCCCCACGCUGUCCGCUGGUUUGCGUCCUCAGUCCCCCGAGGCCCUCAGGAAGCAGCCCUAGCCUCCCGGCCUCAGGAUCCUACCAGGCCCUAUCCCCACCCUCCCGCGACUCCCCAGAGCCUGCUCCUGAGCUGCAGGCCGAAGAGGCCUUGCUGCAGGAGCAAUUCCUGGACGCCUGCCGACAGAUCGACGAGCUGAGCAUGGGGAGCGACACCAUAGACCUGUGAAGAGGCGGCCCCCUCGCUGUCCCGGCCAUACGCCCCCUUCUGGCGCCUGCUCCGCCCGAGACCUGCACACUGUAACCCUUCCCCAAUCCUGCCUGGCUCAGAUACUUCUCCCUGCUUCCUUCCCCAUCCAGGGACCCCUGGGUGGGUGGGUCAGCAGCCAGGCUCUGUUGAUUGGGAAUUAGUGCCACCUUUUCUGGAGCCCUGGGCGCUGAUGCCUUCAGCUGCAAUUCUAGGCUGGCCGGGGUCCCACUCUCCUUGGCAUUCACCAGCAAUAAAGCUCCAAGGUGCUCCACUCCUGACCACCACUCCCCACUCUGGUGCUGAGUGAGAGGGGCUGUCUUCAGAAGACCUCGGGACUGGCCUCAGUCCCCAUACCCACCUCUGCCAUGCCCAGGAAUCCCAUCCCUGCGUGAGUGAGAGUCCCUGUCCUCCCUGUGACUCUUUCCGUAGAAGGGUCCAUAGCCCAUCUAGCAGACUUCACAGCAGUUGGGUGGGAGGUAGGCGCUUUCAGAGUUAAUUUAUCAAUAAAAUAUUU